UCACGAUAUAAAUAUAUUAUUUCCUUUGGAACCCUACAUGCUCCAAAUUUUUGAGCGACAGUACAUACAUAUAUGCGAUCAAUUGUUUUUGUUUUUUUAAUAUUAUUGCUUAAAUGUCAAUGGCUUUAACCUCGAUAACGGCCACCGGAGAAAAUUAACAGAAAUAGACCGACAAUUUCAAAUUGCCGCGAAAAUGUGCGACUGUCCGAGGGACGAAGAGGAUGAUGCCAGGAAGAUCCCGGAAACAGUGACGCUUUUCAGAAAAUGUGCAGAACCAUACCGUCCGAUGAAAGAUAUAGGCAAAUCAAUGAGCUGUGGUGCAAUCUCAGACAAAGAUGUCUGGAGUCCCGCUGAUUCCUCGCGAUCAAAUCUUAGAUACAGAAUCUGCGGAUCACCAAAAGGAUCACAAUUGAACUCAAGUAGCUGUAGUAGUUCUACCAAAACGUACAAGUUCGUCUGUCCUGAAGAGUACGAGAGUCUAGGGGAAGCUGAAGAAGAAUUUUGGCAUCCACCGGUAUUCUCGUUCGAGCCCUGCGUCGACGAAGAGGAAGUCGAGGAAAGGCCAGACAUCGAGUGCACGUUAGCGAUUAUAAAACCAGAAGCAGUGGUUUACAGAAAACAGAUCGAGCGGCGUAUAUUCGAGGAAGGUUUCGAGAUAUAUCAAACGCGAUGGUUGCAACUCACACCUGAACAGGUGUCUGAGUUUUACUCGGACAAAUAUGGACAGUUGAAUUUUGCACACCUCGUCGCCUACAUGGCCUCAGGGCCCAUAAUCGUUCACGUUUUGGCGAAAAAAUGCGCCAUUCACGAGUGGAAACUGCUCAUGGGACCGACAAAAGUCACACAGGCUCGUUUGUAUUAUCCUGAUAGUAUAAGAGCGAGGUAUGGCAGGAGGGGCGAGGAUUUUCAAAAUGCAGUUCAUGGAAGCAAUAAUCGGGAAGAGGCUGAGAAAGAAAUUCAUUUCUUCUUUCCUGAUUUCAUAAUCGAGCCCCUGUUGAAGAACGAAAUGGCAGAAGAUUACUUGUGGGAAGUACUCAAUCCUACACUCGUAGAAGCUCUAUCCACGUGUUGCAAACUAAAACCCGCAGAUCCUGUCUUAUGGCUUGCCAAUUGGUUGAUUACGAACAAUCCUAAUAAACCAAAAUUGCCUGAAGAUCUAGCCAUGGUUAUAUCGUGAAUAUCAAAAUUUAUAUUUCAUUAUUCUCAAAUCUUUUUUGUAUACUCUAUAAAUGUUUCAUUAGUGAUACAAAUUAAAUGUUGU